AUGCAUUAUUCUGAGCUUCAAGCACAAGUUCCACAUGUGCAUGAAAUCAAUGACACGGGAUCCUAUCUCGGCUGUAGAUCUAUGAGAGCACGUCUCUUGUCCUCGUAUGGUCUUUCUGUACCAAGGAACGAUACAGUGCUAAGACUGCAGCACACACUUGACCCUGAAGGCGUGGACAUGCGUUCGUCUCACCGUUUGACAAGAAGACUGUACCGAAAUAGUGGUCCUAUCCUCAUACAUAUCGAUGGUUAUGAUAAAUUGAAACCAUUUGGAUUUGCAAUACACGGAGCCAUCUGUGGGUACUCCAGAAAGGUUGUGUGGCUGAAUGUGUCGGAAACAAACAAUAAUCCAUACGUGGUAGCUUCGUACUUUGUCAACUUCAUUGACGCUAUGCAAGGGGUACCAAGAUGCAUACGUAUGGAUGGCGGAACAGAAAAUACAUGUAUUGAGGAUAUACAGAAAGCCUUUCGAUGGAUGCACGAGGACGACAUGGCCGCAGACAAGAGUGCCAUUAUUGCUGGAUCAAAAUCAAACCAGAGGAUCGAACGAUGGUGGAGGUCAAUGAAAGAAAGCGGAGUAGGAUAUUGGAUUGAUCUCUUCAAGGAUUUACAAACUGGAAACUCACUCAGUUUUACCAAUCAGUUAGAAAGGUAUAAAAAUAAUGUAUUCAAAGUGAAAUUGAAGUAUGCUGAUCUUGGUCGCCUGGUGAGAAAUAGCCUUUUAGCACGUGGUAUAAUAUCAAUAGUGCAAUGGAUUUUGUACAGGAAACAAUAUGUCACAUGCUGUACAACCUUGCUGUUAAAAUAUAAGUAA